AUGCAGAUCUUUGUUAAGACUUUAACAGGAAAGACCAUCACCCUCGAAGUUGAGGGUUCAGACACCAUCGAGAAUGUCAAGGCUAAGAUCCAAGACAAGGAAGGUAUCCCACCCGACCAACAACGUUUGAUCUUUGCCGGUAAGCAAUUGGAAGAUGGUCGUACCCUCUCCGAUUACAAUAUCCAAAAGGAAUCAACCCUCCACUUGGUUCUCCGUCUUCGUGGUGGUCUCGAGCCAACCCUCGCCGCUUUGGCCAGAUCAUACAAGUGUGACAAAAAGAUUUGCAGAAAGUGUUAUGCCCGUCUUCACCCACGUGCUGUUAACUGCCGUAAGAAGAAGUGCGGUCACUCCAACAAUUUGAGACCAAAGAAGAAGCUCCUUAAAUAA